CGUUCGAGACUGUUGCGUAAAGCUGUAAACCCUUAAACCCUCCUUUUUCCUCGUCCCCGUCUCCCUCUUCCUUCUCUUCGCUGCCUCCAAACCAAAACCUCAAAAAUGAUUAACGGCGGAAAAAGCUUCGUCUCCACGCCGCCGGCGUUCUCCAACGACGGAAAACGCCUCCUAGUUUGUUCCGGCAAUACCGUCUCUGUCUUCAGCACCUCCACCAGCAUGCAGAUAACUGAGUUGGAUGGUCAUAAAGCACUUGUUACGUCUGUUGUGGUGGUUCCCAGCUCAAGUAAGCUUCUGUGCCACUGUUGGACUUCUUCCCUCGACGGAACUAUUCGCUACUGGGAUUUCGCGUUGUCCGAAUUGAUGAAGACUGUCAAUAUUCGUCUCCCCAUUUUUUCAAUGGUGAUCCCUAAAUUUCCGUCACAGCAAGACGAUGGGGGUGGUAAACCAACUGAUGUGUUUGCUUAUAUAUCCGUAGAAGAUGCAAGUGAUCCUGGUGAAAAAACGAAACAUUUGCUUGGGAAAAUUAGAAAGUGCAACUUAACUACAUCUAAGCUGGCUGCUGCAGUGAUAUUAAAAGAGACUGCUCGGCCUGAGUUUAUUACUUGUAGUCCCUCCGGAGAAUUCUUUGGCAUCAUUAUCAAACGCUCACUUUAUAUUUGGAAAGUUCAAGCUGAUGAAAGUGAGCGCGCUUUAGUAAAGAAGAUGAAAUUACACCAUACAAAGAACUUUACGACCUUUGCUUUUCACCCGAAUGACAACAUUAUUGCUACUGGUGAUGUAAGUGGGAGGAUUUGUGUCUGGAGGGGAUUCGGUAUUAGAACAUUUUUCAAAGGCAAUGACCAGGCUAAUGCAAACCUGAUGAAGAUUGAAGAUGAAAGAGCUGGGGUUAGAGGAGAUAAUGAUGUUGAAGCAUGCUCUACAUGGCAUUGGCACUCAUCUGAAGUGAAGUUUCUUGCUUUUUCUACUGAUGGAGCCAAUUUGUACUCAGGGGGAAAUGAAGGAGUUCUUGUCCAGUGGCAGCUGGACACUGGGAAGCGGAAGUUUCUACCACGAAUUGGUUCUCCCCUUCUAUAUUUUGUGCAUUCUCCAGACCCGACGCUCUCUGCGAUGUCUUGUGCAGAUAAUCAGAUUCACUUUUUGAAGAUGCCAUCAUUUGAAAUUCUGAAGCCCAUAGCGGGAAUCAAGCUUCCUUGUUCUUUUCCAGAAAUAUGGAAUGGCUUAUCUAGUGGAUUUACCUUUGAUCAUUCAGCUGGUUUAAUCGCUUUGCCGACAGAUGAUUACCGUAUCCAGUUCUACAGCUUGUUAGAUGACACUGAAAUUUCAGAGGUUCAAGUAUGUGAAAGAAAUCAUCAACCAAGUGACGAUAUUAUGGUGGUAGUGAGUUUAGUAGCCCUUUCACAUGAUGGUUCUUUGAUGAGUACUGUUGAAAGUAGACUGGCAGAAGAUGGUGUAGGAGCUCUUGUUUGCUUGAAGAUUUGGGCUUCUGAAACCCAGAAGAAGGAUUUUAAACUGUCUACCAUAGUUUAUGAACCUCAUAGGGAUGCUGCUAUUUCCGCUAUUGUUUUUCAUCCUAGAAAGCGAAUGGUUGUCAGUUCUUCUUAUGGUGGUGAUUUCAAGAUUUGGGUACAAAGUAAUACUACUUUGGGUGGUGUUGAUGGUAGCUCAGGCUGGGUCUGCCACUCUGUUGGUUCUUACAAGGGCAAGUCUAUGACUGCUGCUACCUUUUCUGCUGACGGCUCCAUAUUGGCUGUUGCUGCUGAAACUGUGAUAACGCUCUGGGACCCAGAUAGGAAUUAUCUUGUGGAUGUAGUCGGAGAAACUUAUAUGCCUAUUGUGAACCUUAAUUUUGUCGGAAAGUCAGAGUACAUUGUGUCUACUUCACAAGGUUCAAGGCCCGAAUUGUCUCUCUGGUGCUUAUCAAAGCGGUCAAGAACAUGGUCUUACAGCUUGGUAGUUGAAGCUGUUGCUUGUAUGGAGGAUGAUCCAUUGUUUGCAGUGCUAGCUGUUGUUUCAGAGUCCUAUGUACCGACUGAAUCAAAUGGAAGUUCAAUUUCUUCAGGAGAUGGCAUAAUUUUGUUAUUCAAUAUCAAUUCUCCAGUCCCAGUUGGUACAUGGUUGGUUAGGAAGGCAAAGGGAGGAGGAUUGGCCUUUCUCCAAGUAAGCCAGUUGUCUCCAUUGAAGAAAAAUCAUCCUUUCGGAAGAUCAUCUGCUCUGCUGGCAUACGUUGACAGGGACCAUGAAUAUGUUGUCUUUGACCCUCUCGGCCAACAACAACUUGAACUCAAUCUAGAUCACAAAAAGGCUGUAGAGAAUUUCGAGGAAGCAGCACAAUCUGGUUACGCCUCUAUUUACGGGGAGUUGCCAGAUUUUGACCCCAAGGAAACUAGGCAAUCUACCAUUACAGUAUCAGAGCGGCCAUGGGAAACCAUCUUUAAUGGUCCUUCACAUACCCUACCACCACUAACUAAGUUAUGUUCUACAUUUUUGGAAUCAUUGCUUGAAAAGAGAAUGGCAGCCACUGGCUGAUUUCUGAUCUGGAUGAUUGAAAUACAACGCAAAUUUCCUCAGAAAUUGUCUAUUGAUUUUCUUCAUUGUAUACAUUACCUAUGGAGCGCACUAAGAGUAUGCCUGGUUUGAAGGACAAGAAACAACUGAAUUGUCUAAUGACGAAAACUGCAAGGCUACUCGAUCGGGAUUUGAUUGGGAUGUUCUCUUGUCCGGCCAAGCAUUUAAGGUACAGGUCAAUACCAGCAUCCUUCUAUUGAUAUAUUUUAUGCUUGGAGAUAGUGGCUUGUUUCAUCUGAUAUGUGACAAGGAGUAGAAAGAUGAAAGGAUAGUGUCUGUAGAAGAGAACAAAUUUAUUACUUAGAUUUUUGUAGCUAAAAUUUUCUUUUUUUGCGUUAAAUGCAAGCUCAAAACAACGCCCUUGUACGACUUUUCUUUUUCAAUACCUAAGCCUUCUACUGUAGUGUUUUGUAGCAUAUUGGGAUUGUGAAAGUACAUCAUCUAUAUAGACACAACGAAGAUGAGCUAAUUGUUGCAAAAAAAAAAGAUGAGCCAGUAUUGUUUUAGAUUUUAUCAGUAUGGAGUAUCAUUAUCGUUCUA